AUGCUGGAAUGUUCUCUCGUAUCAUUACCAUUUCCACCGUUCUCGUCGUUAGCUGCCGAUACCAUUACGUUUGUUGUCGCAGUUGCUCGCACUGAGCCUGGCAGGCUUUUUGUGCAGUUAACUAACGAUGCUCAAAAAAUUGUGCACGUGAAUGAAAGACUUCAAGAGCUUGCCAAAAUAAGACACGGUUUUCUGUGUAACCCAGAAUGUGGGACAAUCAUCGGUGCUUUAUACCCCGUUGACGGUCGUUUCUACCGAGCCUGUGUUUUAUCGAAAGUCGGAAUUGACUCAAUUUCUGUUUUAUAUUUUGAUUACGGAAAUACGGGGUCUGUUGAUGUUAAUGAUGCCUUCUUGCUGCAAGAUUCUGUAUUGUUGUCAGUCCCGCCUAUGGCUAUACAAUUAGAUAUCGAAGGCAUAACUGAUGAUGCAAGAUUAAAUACUAAUCAGAUCACGAGUCUAUUGAUGAACCAAAAUCUGGGUGCACAGAUACUCGGUGUCAGUUCAAAUGAGGAGUCUUUCACAGCAAAUUUGCUACUGAAAGAUUGCCAAAACAGGAGUGUAGAUGUGAAAGAAGUAGUACUUGGUGAAAGACCAGUGCCGGUGCUGCCAGAUCUCAAAUAUGAACCAGUCAUGGAUGAAGGGAAUUUCCGAUUUUCUGAACAUAGAUGCGGAAGGUUCCGAAGUUAUCGCGACAGACAAGCACCUAGCUGGUGUAAUAGGUCCACUAAUUUUCAUAGUGAAUUUAAUAGCGGGAUCAAAGGUUGUGGAUGUAAUAGAUAUGGACACGAUGAUCAUAGAGGGUUUGAAGAUGUUGCACAAGAUAUAGCUAUGCCUUACGGCCGUAAUCGAGCCAGUGUUAGAGGAUCUCGUCAACUUAUCGGUGGAUACCAAAGAUUCAUUGCUUCUGAUGUCAUAGUGGGAGACGAAAGUAGUCAGCGAUAUAAAAAAAGUAUUGACGAACAAAUAUGUUAUAAGUGUGGGAAAUCUGGGCAUAUUUGGAGGGCAUGUGUGGAACCUUACAAAAAUGAUUCGAGGAAAGAUAUGCUGCUCAGUACUGAAGGCAAUGACGCUAGAAUUUUCUCUUCCAUCAGUACCGGAAGUAAGCAAUGCGGAUUAGGUGUUUAUGGCUGCUCAACUUCAACUGAUAAGGGUGGUUUUCAACAUGAUGGCUUAUUUGCCCAUCGAGGAAAUUUGGGUCUUCCUAGUGAUGAAAGAGAUGAGGAUUGCAAGUUAAAAGAACGUGCCAGUACAGUUUAUACACUUUCGGAAGGAGAAGAUUCAAGCAGUUCUUCAAGUUCUUGUAAAAGAAAAGUGAAGGAUGAAGAUGAAGAAAGUGAACGCACAGGAGAAAUAAAUAUUUUUAACCGUCUAAUUUCUGAUGAUGAGGAUGAAUUCGAUACUUUGAGUAACUUAUUGCAAAGUUUAAUUCCUGAUUCGCCGGUACAUGAAACUAGCGAUGCUAGAAUAGAUGAAAUCAAUGACUCGGUUUUGAUCGGAUCUGUCGAGCCAUUCACAACUAUCCUCAAACGUAUUGAGCCGGCGAGUCUUGGAAAUAUUGAAUUCGGUGAUAUGGUAGAUGGCGUGCGUUCAGAUCUAUCGGAGAUUAGCGAUCCUUUGUCGUUCUUUGUGCAGCUUGAUCGAGAUAAACGCGUUAUCAAUCAACUAAUACUGUCGAACAAGUGGCCUUGCCCUUCAAAGUUGCUUUCAUUUGAAACAUUCAGUGCUUGUCUAGCUGUUUCCCAAGGAUAUUAUCACCGCGCGGAAAUUGUCGGUACAGAAGGUGAUAAUCAGACGAAAAUUAUGUUUGUUGAUACUGGUAGUGUGAAGAUUGUUAAUGCUUCUGAACUUUAUAUUAUUGACAAUUCAUUGCCAAAGCUAUUCUACACGUCGCGACGUAUGGCUUUUCAUUGUCGUUUGCACAAUGUUAUGCCAAUUGGUUUCGAGCAUGAAUUUUCUUCUAAGGCACGAAAAGUGUUCUCAGAACUAACUGCUUAUGAAAAGCUGUCAAUAUGUUUUUUGCAACAGUCAGUGAAAGGUGUUUAUGAAGUAUCAGUAUACCUCAGUGACAAGCGUUCUUUAUCUGAUCUUCUAGUUUCCAGGGGUUUCGCUCUUCCAUUCAAAUGGGGUAUCGGACCGCAUAUACCGUUAUACGAGACAUUAAAUGUUUUUCGUUGUGAUGAACUUGAUUAUGUUUCGCGUGAUUUCACUGUUCAGCUAUCUACAAAUCAUACUCUUCUCGAUCAAGUAAACAGUGGGUAUGUAAAUGCCAAGACAACCUUGAAUGUACCGCAGAUUGGUGAUGCUGUUAUCUCAUACUUUGAACGCGUACCUCAUAGAGCAGAAAUCAUUGCUAUUGAAACAAAUGGCGAUGAAAUAUUGUACCGUGUGAAUUAUGUUGAUUACGGAAAUGAAAGUGUUUGCACAAAAGAUCAGUUAUUUGCUUUGGACAGAGAUCUGCAACCAAAAGAGGUACUCUGUAUUCCUCGUCAAGGUAUUCGUUGUUAUAUUAGUGGAGUCUGGCCUCCCAAUAAUGAAAAAUGGGAUGUGGAAACUCAAAAGUGCAUCAGUAGUAUUUUGGAUGUAUCGUUUUCAUUUGAGGCUAUAAUUGGUUGUCCUAAUGAGAAUGGAGUUUUUCCAAUCAAGAUCACUCUGCCAAAAAGCCGCCUAGACGUUUCAUACAGCACUGAAAAUGAAAUAAAUUGCGAAAAAGUUGAUUUCGGAACUUGGUUAAUUGCUAAUGGUCAUGGAGAAAUGAGGAACUUUUGUGACAUCUACCCAACGAAAAAUUUGCUGUGCGAGGGAAAGCAUGAGCAGAAAAUGGUCAUCACGGAAAUCAAUGGACAAAUCAUUCGUGCAAGACCUUGUGCUUUUUCAGAUCUGUAUGAUACAAUGAAUGAGGCUCUUAAAAGUAUCGAAAUUAUUGCUUUGGAGUCUUCUGCAACCGUUGGUUUGAUUAAUUACAAUGGCACCAAAAAGCGUGCUGCACUGAUUGCCUCAUCAGAUUGUGAUGGUGCGGUGUCGAAAAAAUGUUUAUUGGUCGAUGAAGGAAUAAAUGUGAAGGAAUUACCUGCUGUUCUUUAUGGUGUUGGUAAAUUAGAUGAUAACAAUGGAUUUUUUGUGCAAACAUGUCAUCAGCUAUCGGUAGAGCUGAAAUUUAGAUAUUUUCUUCAAGGUGAUGUUAUUGAAAAAUUAUUGGCAGAAAUUAUGACCAGUGCUCCAGUUAAAGAGACAGGACGGUAUUUUAAUGUUGUUUUGCAGGAAAUGUAA